AUGGAUGUUAGCCUAUAUACGGUGAUACCACAUGAUGCUGGGGUGGAAGCUAUGCGGCAAGUUUUGACUCAAUCCACUACUUAUCAUGGUCCCCCCAUAGAGUAUACUUUGGAACUACUUACUUUGACUCUACAGAACAACUACUUUCGUUUUGAAGAUAGUUGGUACCUGCAAGUGGCUGGCACAUCAAUGGGUGCAUCUAUGGCGCCUAUGUACGCCGAUGCGUAUAUGUACAUCUAUGAGAAGGAGCACAUAUUAGAGAAAUACCAACGCAAUAUAUUAGCUUAUUACAGGUUUAUUGACGACCUGUUCAUCAUAUGGAGUGGAACAUGUGAAUCAGCCCACGAAAUGGUUCGAGAACUCAAUCUCCUUUCAACACCAGUAAGAUUUACUGCGGAUAUUAGCACUGAGAAGGUGCACUAUCUGGAUUUGGAAAUCUCAUUGGGAGCAACAAACUUACAAUAUUCUCUCUAUACAAAGCCUACGGACAGAAAUACACUCCUUCAUUACCAAAGUGCACAUCCCAGGGCUCUGAAAAAUUCAUUACCGAAGGCACAGUUCCUAAGAGUAAUCAGGAACAACUAG